AACAUACCUGAGGAGCAGCGCUAGCUUGGUUAGCACUAGCACUGCUAGCUAAUUAUUGCUACAUUAUUAUUGCUUUCAAGGUACGGUAUUUGGACAAAAUGAGCCGCGGCGAGUCACCGAAGAGGGACUUAAGACCUCUAAGUCGCGGUCAGGCAGACAGCAAGAAGCUGAAAAAGUCAGAGGAGAUGUACUCCUUGGGUGAUGACCAGUCAAAGCGCUCUGCUCUUAAAGGCGGCGAUAUCCAGGUGCUGACCAUUCACCCACAGGACCUCAGUAAAAUUCAUAUACCAAAGCCACCCAAGAGCCGUCAAAAACCAGUGCCCAUGGCUGGUAUGCGUAAGACAGUACAGCAUGUUGAUGGUCUUAAAGAUGCUGUUCGAGGGCCGGUGGCUCGUCCAGUGAAUCCGGACCCUGAUCCUGAACCUUUGGACUGCACAGGACUGGGAGGACUGCGAUUUGACGACCAAGGGAUGAUUCUUCCACACAGCAUCUUGGGUAGUUUAGACGAUUUCAGAAGUUAUCUGGAGGCCAAAGGGGACACAGAGUUGGUGAAGCGAAUACCAAAGUCCCAGACACGUACUCCACCUGAGGCCCCAUGGAGGCGUCACUCUGAGGCUGUGGAGAAUGGCCACAGAAACAUCCAGAGUAGUGCUCUGCAGCAUUGGCAUACGCAUAUGACGCAGCGCAGACGGCAGCAGGACUUCUUAUCUGAUUUGCUCGAAAGGCCGGUUGAACACUUACUGAUGAACCAAGAUAACCGUUUCAGAGAAACUCAGGAGCAGAAGGAUUUUCUAAACCAAGUUAUGCCACUUAUCCACUCUGGAUAUGGUUACCGUGUGGGCAGUGAGUUUUGGAGUCUCCCCCAGCGUUAUGGAGAUGAAAUAAGUGGCAUCACAGCCACUCUGACUCAGACUGAGCAGGGCAGACGGGAGCCUGUCACACAUGUAGGACAACCGAGCAGCAUUCGCCAGGAAUCAGGAAUAAUUUGUGCUAAGGCUGUGCGUCCAGCAUCUCGGACAUGGGACCAGAGUGCAUACCUGCAGCACCAGUUCCAGGAGCUUAGAGAGGCUCUACACGACUUGAACAUCAAAAAGCCGGACAUCAAUGGACUGGAGGUUAUUGGCUCUGGCAAGCCAUUCGGUUAUGUCACCGUGUGUCCUGGUCCCUUACUGGAGAGGGAAGAGACAGAGCACAAGAAAACGCAAAAGGAGAACCAUGAUCCCCUGGCACAGUAUGAUGAUGUUCGGUCAGAUGCUCUGCUCAUUCCUGCCUUGAGGUUUUGUGGUCAACUUGCUAACUGGACGGGAAACUCUACUGCUAACCAGGGAGAAGUAGGAAUCAGUGCCUCAAUAAUCUUUGAGGCCCUGACUGGAGAAAGAGCCUCAUCCCACCUGGAGCUGCACAAUGAGGGCAGCACAGUGUUUUUCUACAGCUGGCAGCAGCUUCCUGUGCCACACAGCUUUCCAAACCUGCGAUCGCGAACAAAGAGUCUGCACUUCUACUUCAACUCCUCCUCUGGUGUGAUCCGUCCAGGUGAAACCCAGCAGGUGGAGUUCAUAUUUAAGUCAGAGGAGCCAGGCAUCAAAACUGAGCUAUGGCAGCUCAACACCCACCCUGUGCUGCUGCAAGGAGCUUCCAUGCAGGUCACAUUAAGGGGAGUAGCCCUGUACCAGGACAAAACCGCAGACCAGAGGCUUUUCAUAGAGAAAAAGCUGGAUAAGAUAGUGAAGAUAAAAAUGUGUCAGUCGAUUGUGUACGAGGUACUGCGAGGGAUCCGCACCCCAGAGAGACCCAGCUCUCCUGCAGAACUAUAUGUCACUGAAGAGGAAGAGUUCUUAAGGAAAAACCCCAAGUUGCAGUACCUUCAUCAGCCAGUGGAAGACCUAAAGAGACUGUGGCAAGAAGUUCGCCCUGGAUGCACCUGGGACCUCUCUGUCGAUACACUCCGCCAGGUUGUGCUGUGUCUGAAUGAGCAAGAGUCGGCUCAGGAAAACAGUCUGACCCAGCUCAACUCUCUGCUUCUGCAGCUUUCUGAACCAUCUCAACAGAAUCACCACCAGCUAACAGCAGCAGCUAUAGGGCAGCAGCUGUGGAGGAAACUGCUGGACACGAUGGCUGGUGAAACCAUGAGGCUCGGAAACCUGCUGGGACUUCCAGAGAGAGACACAUGGAUCGAUAAAAAAGAGGAGUCAGUGAUCCCUGAUGCUGAUAUUGCUGAUAACAAAGAUGAGAUGCGUGAGACAAAGGAUGGAGCAGCUAAUAAAGAGGAGAGGAAUGGGUCAAGGUCUAGAUUUAAAGAUGACAACAGAAGGGAGUCCAAGUCAGCAGCAACUGAAAAAUCAGUGGAGGAAAGCAAAAAGAGGGGGAAAAGAAGAGAGGAAGUGGGGAAACGCACUAGGGAAAAGCAAGGGAAGGAAUCUGCCUCCUUGACUGAUACCUCUCUAGACAGCAUCAGUCAGCAACCUCCUGACGACCAAAGUGUAGAGCCGGAGUUGAUGGACAUUUUCACAAGGCUCCUGCACAGAAAGGUUUAUGCUCUGAUGGAAGACCUGGUGGACAACCUGUGUGACCUGAUGAAUGAGCUUAAUGAGGGGGACACUCACACUCAGGAGGAUACUGAAAUAGGACACACACACACACUAUUAACACGAGCGGAGGGGAUAAUCGUGGUUGCCCUGCUCAGCCGAUCCCAGCGGAGGGGAUAUUAUCGGGACUUGGAGAGGCGAGGAUGCUCAAUGGACAAGGCGAGAGAUGAGCAAUGGGCAAGGGGCGUCCUGUAACUCCUGACAGAGAAGAGGAGCCUUCAUUGCCAUAGCUACCUCUCCUCUCCUCCUCCAGUCCACGUUUCCCCUC